AUGGUGCUCAUCAUCCACAUAUUCUCGAUGACGAUGGUCAGCCUCAUCGUGCUCGUGGUGCAGAACAGCCUGCUCGUUGUUAUGACCCGCUUAUCACGCAAGAGGGUUGAUGCGGCGCACAACUACCACACCUCCACCUUAGUCAUGAACCAGGAGAUUGCCAAGAUGGUCAUGUGCCUCGUCCUCUACGGACUAGACGACGUGUAUAGGCAGUACCGGCAUGACACCGCCUUGAGCGACCGCGCCAACAACGCUGUGCAUAAGAUGCCGGGGCUUGAGAUCGAUGUGCUGCUACUCAGGGACGACAGCGUCAACGACGUAGAGCGCAAGGCCUGUCAGGCAGGGAGUAAGGAGACCCAGCUGCUUGUGGAUGAAGAGUCGUCGGAGGUGCACAUCCCUCCCUCCUCAGCAUCGCCUCCGCUAGCUAUGGCGGUCGGCAACGCCUCUGGGGAGGGCGGCCACAACGUGGCGGACGGGUUCGGUGCGGAUCACGACGCACCGGGUGUGCCACAAGUGACGAGCCCACAGUGCAGUAGAACGACUCUCGGCAUCACAGCACUGCCUCCCAGGCAGCUGCGACGAUCGCCUUAUUUGACGUCCUUGGCUCGACCGAGCAACGCGUCGGCCUGCGCUAACGCGCGAGCUGCUGAGCAUGGGGAAUGGGGCUGCAGCGUCGAUGCCCCCGAGACGGUGCGCAAGCACCGUUUCUUCUUUACGUACAGGCGGGUGAAGACCCUCUGCUUCCUCUACUCCUCCAUGCUGUCCGCCUCUGUCUACAAGCGCGACACGCUGAAGCUGUUUGUGCCAGCCUUCCUGUUUAACAUCCAGAACUUCUUGAUCUUCAUAGGGCUGUCGAACCUCGACGCCGUCUCCUUCCAAAUCUGGUCGCAGACAAAGCUACUAUUCACUGCCAUAUUUUCUGUCUGGCUGUUGGGCCGCAAACUUUCCCCGAUGCAGUGGCUGUCGCUUGCCGCGCUCACUGCUGGGGUGCUUGGUGCGCAGCUCGGGGCACCGAGGGCUAGCACAGAAGUGCUCCCUACCGCUGCCCCACACUUGCUGCAAGGCAAGACUAGGGCCCCUAGCCUCGGCAGGGCUGGUGGGCUGCGCGCUGGCGACGACAACGAGCCCCAGGGGAACGCGCUGACCGGGAUUGCAGCGUGUGUGCUGUCUGGCCUGUCGUCCAGCUACGCCAGCGUGUACUUUGAGAAGGUUAUCAAGACGACCAACCCUACCUUGUCCAUACGCAACAUCCAGCUCUCGCUCUUCGGCAUCCCGAUUGCGUUUAUUUCCAUGCUGAUCCUCGAUGUCUUCCCGAGCUGGUACGCGAGUGUGCAGUGCGGGCAGCGCGUGCACUGGAGCAUUUUCUCCGCUCCGGCUGCGGAGACGCGGGUGCUUAGCAAAGCCCCGACCUACUGCCCCGUGCGGCCAUUUUUCUUUUGGCAGUGCUACGAUCACUUUCUAACGUGGGCUCUCGUCUUCAUUCACGCGUUUGGCGGUCUGCUGGUCGCCAUGGUGGUAAAGUACGCCGACAACAUUUUGAAGGGGUUUGCCACCGGCGUCGCCGUGAUCGUUAGCGGGAUGAUGUGCUCUGUCAUCGACGGGUAUGAGCCCAGCUUGGCCUUUGUGUUCGGCGCAGUGCUCGUGAUUGGCUCGAGUAUCGUCUUUCACAGGUUCGAGCCGAAGCGGUGA